AUGGAGCUGGUGGAGAGGAGACGGAGCCGCAAAUCACAGAGCUUCAAACUCAUCAGCGACUCGGGUAAGAGACCGGGAGGGGUUCUUCUUCUUCUUCUAGACUAUGGACAUAAUUCAGACAGUGUGGAGCACAUGGACACGGACAGUGAACCUCUGGAUGCCUCUGAGAAUGAAACAUGGUUAGGUGAGGAAGGCAUGGAGAUCAAGAAGCAGAUUACAGGCAUGAUGCGGCUGCUGAGUGAUAAGGCAGGCCGGGUGUACCAGAGAGUGGGAAGAGAGGGGGAAACGCUUAAAGAGGAGCCACAAGAGGAGGGUUUGAGCUGGACAUUGAAUCACAAGCAAAGCCCUGAAGAGCCUGAGCACGGCUGGAACUCGGUGUCCCACAGUCAGUACGACACGCGAUCCAAAACCCAGAAGAUGCUGGACCAGGGCAAAAGCAGAGACUCGGCUCUGCCCCAUGUGCCAGCCAGCAUGACGGCAGAGUCCAGCUGUUGCAUGUGCAAUUGUAAGAGCACUCUGCAGGCCAUCCUACUGGAAUUACGCACAAUGAGAAAACUCAUGCAGUCUCAGAAAGGCCCACUGGAGAAACAGCAUGCUGUGGCCAGCGCAUCACCCACCUGCAGGAAGAAAUCUCGUAAGAGGAGGGCAGGACAAAGAAUAAUAGCGUUAACCCCACCCAGAGAAACUCCCAUGCCCCUACACACACCCAUAGUGGCUGAAUCAUUUGAGAAGAUUUGCCAUGAAAAAAGUGAAAAUAAAGAGGACGAAAAGACAGAGAGGACUGUGCCAUCCCCUCCAUCGAUACCCGCUUCGAAUCCUCCACCGUCAGCUCACUAUUGUCUGAGCAGAGAUCAGAACUGCACAGAGCUGGAGGUGCAGUUGGCAGAGGAAUAUGAAGUGUUCAUCCCGAAGGCACAGCUGGACUCCAUCCUGCUGAAUUACACACGCUCGGGCAGUCUGCUCUUCCGCAAGCUGGUGUGUGCCUUCUUUGAUGAUGCCACUCUCGCUAACUCCCUGCCCAAUGGCAAGCGGAAGAGGGGUCUGAAUGACCAGAGGAAAGGGCUGGACCAGAAUAUAGUGGGAGCCAUUAAAGUGUUCACAGAAAAAUACUGCACAGCAAACAGAAUCGAGAAACUUCCUGGUCCACGAGACUGGGUCCAGAUCCUUCAAGACCAAAUCAAACUGGCUCGACGACGCUUAAAAAGAGCGGAGACGAUUACAGACUGCAAGGAGAUCAACAGGACAUGUACAUAUAAAACAGGUUCGGAUUGUCAGGUAGCUCUGCAAAAUGCUUAA